CUCGCCCCCGCCUCGCCCCCGGCUCCCCGCGGCCGCUUGCUGCCGCGGUGGCGACGCGCCUGCGGACCGGCGCCAGCAGAUCCCGUGGGGCAGCCACAGCAGCUUGGUGGGGCUGCUGUGUGGAGAUUGCUUCGGAGCAGCAAGUGGGUGAGGGGGCACCAGCUAUCAGGCUGUUCCAGUGGCCCAGAAUGGCUUCUUCGGAAGAGCAAGGAGGUGUCCCCUGUGGUUUCAUCCGCCAGAAUUCCAGCAACUCCAUUUCCUUGGACUUUGAGCCCCACGCAGAGUACCGGUUUGUGGAGCCGUUAGAAGAGCGCUACAGAUGUGCCUUCUGCCACUCAGUGCUCCACAACCCCCAGCAGACAGGCUGCGGCCACCGCUUCUGCCAGCACUGCAUCCUGUCCCUGAGAGAAUUAAACGCAGUCCCACUCUGCCCUGUAGAUAAGGAGGUUAUCAAAUCUCAGGAGGUGUUUAAAGACAAUUGUUGUAAAAGGGAAGUCCUCAAUUUAUAUGUAUAUUGCAAAAAUGCUCCUGGAUGUAAUGCCAAGAUUAUUCUGGGACGAUACCAGGACCACCUGCAGCAGUGUUUAUUCCAAGCUGUGCACUGUUCUAAUGAGAACUGUCAGGAACCAGUCCUUCGGAAAGACCUGAAUGAGCAUUUGAGUGCAUACUGCCAGUUUCGAGAGGAAAAAUGCCUUUAUUGCAAAAAGGAGGUGGUAGCAAUCAAUCUAAAGAAUCACGAGGAAAACUUGUGUCCUGAGUACCCGGUAUCUUGUCCCAACAAGUGUUUGCGGAUUAUUCCAAGAACUGAGGUGGGUGAGCACCUUGCUGUGUGUCCUGAAGCCCAACAAGACUGUCCUUUUAAGCACUACGGCUGCACUGUAAAGGAUAAACGGGGGAACCUACAAGAUCAUGAGCAUUCAGCCUUACGGGACCACAUGCUUCUGGUUUUAGAAAAGAACGUCCAGUUAGAAGAACAGAUUUCUGACUUAUAUAAGAGCCUAGAACAGAAAGAAAGUAAAAUCCAGCAGCUAGCAGAAACUGUAAAGAAAUUCGAAAAGGACUUCAAGCAAUUUUCACAGCUGUUUGGCAAAAAUGGAAGCUUCCUCUCAAACAUCCAGGUUCUUGCCAGUCACAUUGACAAGUCGGCUUGGCUAGAAGCUCAAGUGCGUCAGUUAUUACAAAUGGCUAACCAGCAACAAAAUAAAUUUGAUCUGAGGCCUCUGGUGGAAGCGAUUGAUACAGUGAAACAAAAAAUUACCCUGCUGGAAACCAAUGAUCAAAGAUUAGUUGUUUUGGAAGGGGAGACUAACAAACAUGAUGCCCACAUCCACAUUCAUAAAGCACAGCUGAAUAAAAACGAAGAGCGAUUUAAAUUGCUCGAAGGUGCCUGCUACAAUGGCAAGCUCAUCUGGAAGGUGACAGACUACAGGAUGAAGAAGAGGGAGGCGCUGGAUGGGCACACGGUGUCCAUCUUCAGCCAGCCCUUCUACACCAGCCGGUGUGGCUACCGCCUCUGUGCUAGAGCAUACCUGAAUGGGGACGGGUCCGGGAAGGGGACACACCUGUCACUGUACUUCGUGGUGAUGCGAGGGGAGUUUGACUCCUUGCUGCAGUGGCCAUUCAGGCAAAGGGUGACCCUGAUGCUUUUGGACCAGAGUGGCAAAAAGAACCACAUUAUGGAGACCUUCAAGGCUGACCCCAACAGCAGCAGCUUUAAAAGACCCGACGGGGAGAUGAACAUUGCCUCUGGCUGUCCCCGCUUCGUGGCUCAUUCCACAUUGGAGAAUGCCAAGAACACCUACAUUAAAGAUGACACCCUGUUCCUGAAAGUGGCUGUGGACUUAACUGACCUGGAGGAUCUCUAGUCAACUGUUUCUGGGGUGGUAGAAGGACUUCUUGGAUUCAGAACCAUAGAGGAGGACAGUUUUGAUUAUCAUAUUGACUGAAUUUAGACUCAGUGCACAUUUAUAUUUGGCUUUUUGCCUUUAAAGUUUGAAGUCACUUUUUAACUCUCAAGUGCUGUCUUCUUUUUACUUGUUACUCUGUCUUAGUUUGAAACUUUAAACUUAGGAUAUCAGCUUGUUAUUUAUAUUUUUAUAUCUCUUAGAAGCUGUUAAGUUUCUUAAAAGACAGGUCUGGGGCAUCUCUCUUUUAUUGGUGCUUAGCAUGGGGUCUCAGGGUAGGCAGGCUACAGUGUAAAAUGUGACAGAGGACACAGAAGUAGAAUUCCCAAUUGAAAAUGCUUUCGUAUUUUCUGAUUUUCCCACUGGUUCUAAACCUGAUCACAAGCCUGUAAAAGCCAUCUUUUCGUGUAGGCUUUUCCAGUUAAAUAGAUGAGUGGUGUGCCUAUAAAGACAGUAUGCCUAGUUUGAACUACACUUUUUUUGGUCAAAUUCGAAAUUUAUGGACAUUAGUGCACCUCAGAAUUUUUCAUGAGAUUCACUAAUAGCAAGCACAAUUUUGCAAAGCUGCAUAAGAACUGGUGAACAGAGUAAGCAUUUUUAUCCUUUUGAAGUAAAGCAGAUGGAGAUGUAGCCGUCCAACUGAAGUUAAGAUUUUAUUAGAUUCAACCAUGUAAAAAAACUUUUCAUAGGUCAAAAAGUUAAAUAUUAGCAGUUUCAUACAGUUUAACUUUAUAUAUAUAUAUAUAUAUAUACAUACAGUUUAACUUUAUAUAUAUAUAUAUAUAUAUACACACACACACACACAAAUAGCUUAUAGGUAUUUGGUUAUAAUAAAUUAAUGUGAAGAUGGGCAGAAUCUAGUAUAUGAUGAAGAAAUGUCAUAAAUGGAUAAGAGGAAUUUAAAACUUAGGGGAAGAGUACCAUUAUCAUUUCCUAUGAAUGUCAAAAGUACUCUGACCAAAAACUGAAUGCCAAAGUCAGUAUCUCCUAGUCUUCUUGAGAAAGCUUUUAAAUUCAUAAACUGGUAUAAGAAUGGGCAUUUACAUAGACUUGUGACUUUUCUCGUCAAAGUCCUGAGUACAUUGUGAAGAACACAAAUGAUUAUGUGCUUAUGCAUCUGUCUGUAUGGGCCUUGUGUGUAGAAACUGAAAUAAGUCCUUCAGACUCUUGAUAAGCCUGCGCUUAACAAAAAAUACCCAGUUUUCCUCAGUCCUAAUUCAUUCUUAUGCAGCUGAGCAUUACACUCAGGCUGGCUCAUUUGGUGUGGGGGGACAGGUGCUAAGGGUGGAGGGCCACUGAGGGCAGCUCCCUUGGGUGGUGACCAUGCACUUUACAACUUUUUGUACAGUUAACUUGAUAGAGGAAGCAUGAUUUAUACCAGUGACUUCUGGAAUAAUUAGAGCUUUAUUAAUCUGUGAAAUUUUCAAGAUGCUAAAGACUCAUACUGCAGAAAUCAUCCCAAAGGAACCAAUUCCAAGAAAGAAGUUAACAACAGACAUGUACUGAAGAACUACAUUGUAGCUGCUGGUGAACUUUGGUAGGUGGAUGGUCGACACAUCGCCUCAGACAGACUCAGGAAGCCUUUCUCUAGACCACACAGCCAGACCCAGGUAGUUCUGUGUGUGCACUUUCAAUGUUUCUCAUCAAAUCCAAGGUCACCCGUGUAACUCCUUGGGAGCUGAAAGUCCUAUUGUAAAUAGUUUUAAGUAGUUGAUGUGAACAACAUUUUAAGAUGAAUCUGGUUUUUGUGUUUUAACCAACUUCUCUACAUAAAAAGUGUAAGUCGUGGCA